GGGCCGGGCGGGCUGUGAGGCGGCGGUGCUGCCCGGGGCGCGGCGGUGCGACAUGUCCCACCAGACCGGUAUCCAAGCUAGUGGAAGUGUUAAAGACACCUUUGUUGGAGCCAGAAAUGGACAAUACAGGCUUUUAAAAAUAGUCAUUGACAAUGAACAGCUUGUUGUGGGAUCCUCUAGGCAGCCAAUUGGAUCAUGGGAAAAGGAUUAUGAUUCCUUUGUCCUUCCCCUCCUUGAAGACAAGCAACCAUGUUAUAUAUUAUACAGAUUAGAUUCUCGGAAUGCUCAAGGAUAUGAAUGGAUCUUCAUUGCAUGGUCACCUGAUCACUCUCCUGUUCGUCAAAAAAUGUUGUAUGCAGCAACCCGAGCAACACUUAAGAAAGAAUUUGGAGGUGGUCACAUUAAGGAUGAAGUAUUUGGAACAGUACAGGAUGAUGUUUCACUGAAUGGAUAUAAAAAAUAUUUGAUAUCACAAUCCUCCCCUGCACCUCUGACUGCAGCAGAAGAGGAACUUCGACAAAUUAAGAUUAAUGAGGUACAGACGGACGUUGGUAUAGAUACCAAGCAUCAGACAUUGCAAGGAGUAGCAUUCCCUAUUGCUAAAGAAGCUAUUCAGGCUUUGGAGAAAUUGAAAAAUAAGAAAAUCAAUUAUGUACAACUGCAAAUUGAUAUGAAAAAUGAAACUAUUAUUUUGGCCAACACACUUCAUACUGAACUGAAGGAAUUGCCAAAAAGAAUUCCAAAGGAUGCUGCGCGUUACCACUUUUUCCUGUAUAAGCAUGCCCAUGAAGGAGACUAUUUGGAAUCCAUAGUUUUCAUCUACUCAAUGCCAGGGUAUACCUGUAGUAUACGAGAACGAAUGCUCUACUCUAGUUGCAAAAGUCCACUGUUAGAAAUUGUAGAAAGACAGUUGUGGAUGCAGAUAAUUAGAAAGAUUGAAAUAGAUAAUGGUGAUGAGUUAACUGCCGACUUCCUGUACGAAGAGGUUCAUCCAAAACAACAUGCUUACAAACAAAGUUUUGCUAAACCAAAAGGUCCUGCGGGGAAGAGGGGAAUACGAAGACUGAUUAGAGGUCCAGCAGAGACUGAAACACCUAGUGAUUAGAAACUGCUGUUUAGUAUUAAGUAUUGCAGUGAGAAAUGAAAUUCUGGCUUUGGGUAAUGAACUGAAAUCAUUCCAUUCAUAGAUGCUAGAAAACAAACAAAAAAGGCUCUUUUUACUCUUCUCUGACCUCAACACUUUUUAUAUUGUUACAUGAUUAUAUUUGACCAUGUUUCAUGACAUGCGGAAGACCUAAUUGUUCUAAAGCUAGAAGAGGAAAACUAAGCUAGUACCCCUUUAUUUUAGAUUAGAAUCCAUUAUUUAAUACCUGUGAUCAUAAAUUCUGCACACAGAAGACUAUGAAGCUCAUCUCUCCUGUGGGUCAGUUGCAGAUGUCUGUGUGGGUUCUUGUGAGUAGCCUAUGGAAACCUGUAACCCUUUCCAUGUGAGAGGAGCUGAAGGAUUAUAUAGCAUUGUCCUAUAUAAAUCUUUAUUUAUCCUUGUAGCUCUUAGUACAUUAGAAGGUUUUCUUCUGGUUUUGACAUGAUGCAUUGUUGGGUUUUGUUGUUGGUUUGGUUUUUUGGUAAUACAAAAGAUAAACUAAAAUUAGUUACCCAUCAAUUAAUAUCUGUGCUCAGGAAUAGCUGGGUAUUUUCCCACAUGAAAGCAUGGUCAUGUUAAAUUUAUAACUAAUCUCAUGGAACUGUCUUUUAAAGAAUUCUGACAUAGAACCACUAGAGCUUUUCCAGGCUUCUGUACCACUCAUAGGCCUUACAUAGUAAGUACUGAAUGACCAAGGGAAGGGUGAUUAAAAGUGCAUGAGUUAGUAUACUCAGUAGAUUGUGGAACUGCUUUCAAAGCAAUAUGCUUAAAGUUUCUAAUAAAUAAUUGAUUAUCUGUGCACUUGGGUCUAAAACUGUAUAGAAUUCAGUAAAAAUAGAAAUAACUUGCUUCAGAAUGGUGAGUUAUUCUUGAGAUCCUCAUGCAUUUGCAACAUCAACUGCAGUUUUAGCCUUCAAAGUAUACUGAAAAUUACUUUUCCUAAACGUUUGAACUUUAGUAGUAACUUAAAUCUGUAACAAAAUCCAGCUAGGUCUUGAAUAACUGCUGGCAGCACCUGCUUAGGAUUUUGUCUUUUGUUUUCUAUUUUUUUAACCCUUCCCUUCUCUAAAAUACUAAAAUCACCCAGAAUAGUCUAAACUUGAUUCAACCAUGAGUAAUGUCUUUGAUAGAAAGAGGGAAAACAGAUUAUUUUAAUAAGUGGAUUCAAGAAUUAUAUGUGGAAGUCAAGUAUUGGGUGACCUUAAAUAUUUAAAAUCAUUCAAUGAGACAAAUACUAGUGGAUAGGUUGUAUUCCCCAGUGGGGACUUGCUUUUUAGUGUCUUGCAUGUGAGCUUUGUGAGGUUUGAAUUUUUUUUUUCUAAGCUACAUGGGAGUUGCAAGUCUUGAUUUGCUGCAUAUUGUCAUAGGUGCAGGGUGUACACAUUAUAUAGCGGAAUCACGUUUGCUUGCUGGGAGAUAGAUUUGAACCUAGUUUUUUUAGGGAAAUAAUUCUUUGACACUACUAGUUCCUGGUGAAAUCUGUUUUAUCUUUAUGUAUUAUUUUAUUUGGAGAUACUAGCUUGUUAUUGAUGUCAGAGAUUGCACUAUAUAAUGUGAAGAUUGCAGUAGUUGUUGGUUUUACUGUGGUUCUUUUAUAUGCAGUAGAAAUCUGACACCUCGGUUAUUUUCAUUUAAUCUUACACAUUACAUCAAUCCACUUCAAUAGCUUUGGCUCCUCAGCUAAUCUCUUGCUCGCCCUAGGCUACCAUGUUCUUUUUCUGCCUCUUGCCUUCUCCCUCUAGGCCUUUGAAGUGUUUCUUCUGUGUGCUACCUGUCAGGCAAGUGUCAUUGUUUAAUAAACAUGGUAAUGUGCGUGCAGCUUAUUGUACGCUGUAAUUAAAUGUAUUUGUAGUUGAACUCUGAAUCUUUUCAGCACACCUAACUCAUUUUGGGGUUUGGGGUUUUUUAAGGAAAACCUUUGAGUGCAGCACUUAAAAAAUUGCUGCUCCAGGGUUUUCUGUUUGAAUUUAGUAUUCCUGCCUGUGUCAGCCAUGCCAACAGUGCACAUAUGUUUUUACACUUAUUUGAGCCAGUAAAGAAGUUCAGCUUUUUAAUACCAAAUGUUUUAAACAAUGAACAGUUUGACCUGCCAUGGUAACGUGCAUGUUGUGUUUGGGUUUUGUUUGGUUUUUUUUUUCUAGUCCUGUCCCAGACAGAUGAGGAUAGGAGGUAGAAAACUUAAUAUGGAGGAUGAUGAGAACUGGUUAAGUGAUUCUGUGAGGGCAUUUAUCAUGGGCUGCUAUAGAGUUCAGCCCCAACCAGGCACUGCAAGUUACCUUACUUGAAAUUAUUUGAUGUGGGUGUACAAGCCCCUGACCACCCUGCAGAGUCAUGUCCCGAGUGUAUUUCCCCUAAAAGAGAAUUGUAUAGAGUCUUGCACUACCAACUGCCUCUCCAGGCCUCUUGUAGCUCUUCUCCUGACAAUAAGCAAUAAGGAGCAUCCAAUCUUUUUGUAAGAUCUGUCACGUUUACAUCUGUGUAGUUGCCUCACAUAACACUACUGCUGUUAAUGAAUGUUCAGAGCCAGCACAAAAUGAGGGCAUUAAUGGAAGUUAUUCCUUUAACUGUCUCUUGUCAUGAAAUAAUUGAAAAUGUCCAUUCAAACUGUUGUUGGCCUUCAUAACGCCCAAAAGCAAUGCAGCUGCUUGCAGUUAACUCACAAGCUAUUAAAUAGUUAAUUAACAUGACAGGUAAUUAUUGUUUGAAAAAUUUAUGUGGCAAAGUAGGGAGAACUUGAUCUUUUAAAACACUCCUGUCAGAGGUUUGCAAAACUAAUCAAGGCAAUAAUUGCUCCAUUACUUGGAUAAACGCAUUGAUCUACAGUGUCUGUGUAUUCAAUGAAGACCACCUUCAGAUGCUAAAAUUAACUAAGUUUACCUUAUCUAUUUUGUAAUUUACUUUAUAAAUAAAGAUUGAUGCUUUA